UCGUGAUUUCCAAAAUGUCUUAGUUUUAUUUUAUUUUUAUAUUCUAUUAAAUUCACGAUGUAACAUCUAUCGAAUGUAUAAAUUAUUGUAAAAAUGGCAUUUAGUAACUUUACAAAAGCAUUCGUGUCGAUAAUAUUCAACAAACUCUACUGCCUGGGUAAAGACAACGGUUUUGGACCUCAGUAUGUUUGGGCUGGGUCCUUGGAGUCAGGUUUGGAGGUAGCCUCGUACGACCAUAAGCCAGUUAUGGUGAUAAUUCACAAGUCCUGGUGCCCAGCUUGCAAGAAACUGAAGUCUAGAUUCGCAGAGUCUGCAGAGAUAGAAUCUUUGAGUCCGCACUUUGUGAUGGUGAAUUUAAUUGAUGAAGAGGAGCCGAAGAGCAAUACAUUCGCUCCAGAUGGUACUUAUAUACCCAGGAUCUUCUUUGUGUCACCCACGGGCUCAGUGGACCACGACAUAUACAAUGAGGAGGGCAGUCGCCAGUUCAAAUACUUCUACAGUCGACCGGAACACAUAGCUAAGUCCAUGAGAAAAGUUCUACAGAAGUACAAUAAAGACGUAUAAAUUACUU